UGUCCCCCCCCCUCCUUAGUCUUCUUGCUCUCGGAGGUGGAGUUAGUUGCUGAGAAGUGAGCCGGAAUCUGUCAAUGAAGCAGUUGUAGUUUUAAACACACAGCAGGAAGCAGGUAGUGGAGAAGAAGUGAUUUUAAAGGAUGAGAUUCAGCUCCUGACCGGCCAUGUGAUCCAGCAGAAGCUGCCACUUAGUCCCUGGAUUUGAGGAGACCCAGCUUUGUGCUCUGUGACCGACAGCGAUGGGUCCCCAAGGUCGCACUCUGGCCUUGACUUUGCUUGUCGGGCUUCUGUGUUUGCUGACCUGCUCAUCUGAUGGUUCCCUGGUGAAAGUCAAUAAGGGCUUAAAGGUGAAACGAGGUCAGUCAGUCUACCUCCAGGAAGGUGACCUGCAAUUCCACAUUCCCGUCCAGAAGGAUGUCUGCAAGGUGGAGGUAGUGCCAAACGAGCCCAUAACUCAACGAGUGGGAAGACUUGUGCCUCAGGUGUUUGACUGCCAUUAUCUGUCUGAUGAAGUAAAGUAUGUCCACAAUGGCUGUCCGUUGUUAAAGGACGAUACCGUCAAGCUUCGCCUAUACAGGUUCACAGAGACAGAGACACACAUGGAGGUGUUUACUCUCCAUGUGGACAUUAUAGCGCCUGAAUGCAACAUCAUUAAGAUGGGUCCUAAAUCCCUCCAGGUCUCUGAGUUCUACGGCCUCUCUGAUGCUAUUGAUGGUAACGUGGUUUCCUUUCACUAUGAAAGGAGAUCCAGUCUGGAAUGUAGCGUCCAGCUUAGACCCCAGGAAUCCCACCUUCCAGCUCACGGCCGGCUGGUCACUGGAGACCCAGAAAGAGCCACCAAGAGAGGCGACGAGCCAGAAAGUUUCAUCCACUUACAGCAGCAGCUAGAUAAUAAAGCAAGAGCAAUGUGUAAAUCUGAACACUGCCUAAAGGGUCUGAAGCUAGUGACGUUCACUAAAGUCCCAUGUGAUGACUUCCUCCUGAUGGGAUUAAAGUACCAACACAUAGAUCCCCCGUCUCCAGAUAUAGACUACAUUGUAAUCAGACUUGACCUCAAGGACACCAGGAGUGGCAGCAUAUAUCAGUCUGAGCAGGCCUGGCUUCCGGUCCGGAUAGUUGGCGCAAUGCCCAACCAGCCUCCCAAACCAUCUUUCAUGUCCAUGUUUAUCUUGGAGGUAGACCAGUUCAUUCUCACGCCCCUCUCCACUGCCACAUUGGACGCUGAAGAUGAGGAAACUCCAAAACAGCUUCUGGUUUUUAACGUCACAAACCCCCCCAAGGAAGGCUUUAUCACCCACCUAUCUGAUCACACUCAUCCCAUCUCAUCCUUUACAUGGCUCGAUCUGAAUGACAUGCUCAUAGCAUAUCAACCUCCGAAUUCUUCACAUUCCCAACGAAGGAAUUAUGAGGUAGAAUUGGAGGUUUAUGAUUUCUUCUUUGAGAAGAGCUCAUCCAUAACUGUCCACACAUCUGUAAGGAAUGCAGAUACAAAUGCACCAAGAGUGUCCUGGAACAUGGGUCUUAGUCUGCUGGAGGGUCAGUCUCGUCCGAUAACGUGGGACCAAUUGCAAAUCGUGGAUAAUGACAAUCUGAAUGUAGUUCGAGUCAUCACUGUGGAUGGCCUCCUGCAUGGACACCUAACUGUAAGAGGUGGAAAGGGUUUCAUGUUCACCAUCAAUGACAUAAAAGCAGGAGUUGUCUGUUAUCACCAUGAUGACAGCGACUCCACAAAGGACUUUGUCAUUUUUCGCAUCACCGAUGGCCGCCAUCAGACCCGACACAAGUUUCCCAUCAAAAUUCUCCCCAAAGAUGACAGCCCUCCGUUCCUUAUAACCAACAUGCUGGUGGAGGUCUUGGAGGGCCAGACCACCCUGCUCAGAGGCUCCACCCUCAAGGCUUCAGACAUGGACUCUAGUGAUGACUAUAUCCUCUUUAAUAUCACUCGCCUCCCGCAGGCAGGAGAGGUCAUGAAAAUCCCAGGACCAGGGCUGGCAGGGUACCCCGUGAGCCGCUUCCUUCAGAAGGACCUUUCCCAGUCCAUUGUGUACUACAGACACCUUGGGAACGAGGUGUUUGAUGACUCAUUUGAGGUUGUUCUGUCUGAUUUCCAUGAUCCCCCUAACCUUUCAGAACCUCAGGUGGUCGUGGUUCACAUAGCCUCUGUUCCAGACCAACCACCAAAGGAGGUUCCUGGUUCCAGGCGUUGUCUUGUGGUUAAAGAAACAGAAAUAGCCCACAUCACACGGCAACAGCUUCACUUUGCCGACCCAGAGUCGCCAGACAGCGAGCUCACUUACACAGUUACAACUCCACCUUUCUUCUCUGGUCACUACAGCAGCGGUUCAGAUGCGGGAAGGUUAUUCUUGGUUGACAGCAUACCCAAAUUUACCAAAGAUUCUAAUGCACCAGUCCUCAGACUCUUCACACAACAUGCAGUGAACUUUAUGAAAGUAGCCUACAUGCCUCCAAUCAUGGACAUCGGCCCUCACCCUCAGUAUAUCCAGUUUAUUCUGUCUGUGACCAACCAUCUGGGAAAAACAGUCACUGGGAUCUGCUUUAAUAUCACUCUAAUGCCAGUGGACAAUCAGCCACCAAAGGUUAUCGCCAACCUUCUGACUGUAGAUGAGGGAGGGGAGUCCUUGCUGGGCCCAGAACACUUGCAGGUGUCAGAUGUUGACUCUCUGCCAGAAGCAUUGCGGGUUGAGCUCCAAAGGGGACCAGAGCAUGGCGUUCUGCACGUUGGUGGCCAUCCACUGACACCAGGCCAGAACUUUACACUACAGGACCUGAUCAGUCGGAGGGUUAGGUACAAUCACGACAGCUCAGAAACUACAGAAGACACCAUUGAGUUGAGAGCAACAGAUGGAACUAAUUCAGUCAGUUUCGCUCUGCCCGUAAAGGUCAUACCUAUCAACGAUGAGCUCCCGGUGAUGGUUACUGGUUUGAACCCAGUUCUCAGGUGUCCGGAAGGAGAACAAAUAGUAAUCACUUCAGAGUACAUCUUUGCCACUGAUGUGGACAGCGAUAACAGAAGCCUUGCCUUCCUGAUUGCCCGGCUGCCCUACCAUGGGGUGGUUCUGCGAAAUGGUGUUAUUGUAGAUCGCUUCAUCCAAGCAGACAUUACUGCAGGAAUCAUUGCGUACAGACACACAGGGCUGGAGAUUGGAUUAACUCCUCGACAUGACACUAUCACGUUUGUCAUCUCUGAUGGGGAAAAUGAGACAUCCGCUUUGUGCUGUGGCAGGGAAACUCCCACCAGAGGCAGAAGCAAGACUCCUCAGACACGGGACAGCUUGCCUGUCUACGACCUCCAUAUCACAGUGUUUCCUGUUGACAGUCAGCCACCCUCACUGGAAACAGGUGAGAUCUUUAAGGUGGAUGAAGGUGGGACGGCCCAGAUAACUGCUGCCCAUUUAAGGGCCUCUGACAUGGAUACAGUCCUAGACCAGCUUGUUGUUAGUUUGAUCUCUCCUCCCCAGUUUGGCUACAUAGAAAAUGUCCUCCCCAGCCCUGGCUUUGAGAAAAGCAACACAGGCAUAAGCAUAGCUUCUUUUCUAUACAAGGACAUCACCAAGGGUUAUAUUAACUAUGUACAGUCCAGACACCUGGGGAUUGAACCCACUGCUGACCAGUUCAUGCUUUGUGUCUCGGAUGGCAAGCGCAGCUCUGCUAACAUCCCUUUCUACAUUAUAAUUAACCCAACAAAUGACGAAAUUCCUGAAUUUAUGGUACAAAACAUCACGGUACAAGAAGGAGAAAUGAAACACCUGGACACAUCUGUGUUUCAUGCGAUGGACCUAGACAUCCCCAAGAAUACCCUGCUCUUCUCUGUGGUCAGACCUCCUCAGCAUGGAAGCAUCAUCCAUCACAGCGAUGGAAACCCAAUCAUAAAGAGACAGGAGCCUGACCUAUGGCCUUCUGUGGCUGCCUUUACUAUGAAAGAUGUCAAAAAGGGUUUGGAUCUGAUGUAUCUCCAUGAUGACAGUGAAAACAUGAUGGACAGUUUUAUCAUUCAGUUGACUGAUGGCAAACAUCAGCUAGAGAGACGGGUGAUGGUGGAAGUUCUACCAGUGAAUGACGAAGAACCUCAUCUUAUCAGGAACAAUGGGCUUGAGGUGAAACCGGGAGAAGCUAGGGUUAUAUCCAGCGUUACAUUGUUUGCUGAGGACAAAGAUACCCCCUCUACAGAAAUCAUGUACAUUUUUGAGAGCGUUCCAACACAAGGAAUACUACAACUACAGGAAGGCCAGAAUUGGGUGACACUUACAGCUGGGAGAAGGUGUACCCAGGACAUGGUUGACAUGAACCUUUUGCGUUAUAUACACACUGGCCAUCAUGCCACUAAAACACAGGACUUCUUUGUUUUCCACUUGAUGGAUGGAAAGAAUCAGUCACCACCACAGCACUUCCAGAUUUCUGUCAGAGAUCUGGAAAAAGGAAACAUUGCCAUCUUUGUGAAGCCGGUAAAUGUCAGCCGAGGAGACCGUGUGGUUCUUACCACCGAUGUGCUGCUGGCCACAGAUGACACAGACAAGCCAGAGGAGCUUCUAUACGUUAUCACCAGCCCACCUGCUCACGGACACAUAGAGUACAUCAAACAUCCAGGGGUGAUUAUAUCCACCUUCAGCCAAAUGGACAUAGCAGCAAACCUUGUUGCUUACGUCCACGACAACAGAGGAGAAAAGGCAACAGAAAAGUUUCAGUUUGUUGUAAGCAAUGGUAAGACUAGUCGACAUGGAAGCUUAGAGCUGCAUGUGGAAAUGGUGGAUCGUGUUCUGCCAUCACUGACGUCCAACAAAGGCCUCCAGGUCCCUCAGGGUUCCACCAUGAUCCUUGGCCCAGACUGUCUCUCUCUGUCGGAUCCUGACACUCCACCUGGUGCCCUGACCUUUUCUCUCCACCAGCCUCCGCAGUAUGGGACUCUUCUUUUAGCUGGUGUUACACUGACUGCUGGCUCAAACUUUUCGAUGAAACACAUCAAGGAGCUGGAGGUGACAUACAGACAUGACGGGGGACCGUCUCAGAUCGACCGGUUUGCUUUCACGGCCUCUGACACAUCCAGACGAGGUUUUUUGUUAGAUGGAAAGCUGCAAACGGAGCCAGUGUUUUUCACCAUUCAGAUCAAGCCUUUAGAUAAAUCUUCUCCAGAAGUAAUGAAGCUACUCCCACUUUGGAAAGCAGAGCUUUUACCCGAUGGCAGAUAUGGGAUUUUCCUGACAUCUCGAGAGCUUAAGGCUCAGGACAGAGACAGCAGAGAAGAAGAGCUCAUAUUUUGGAUAGUUCGUUCACCUUAUUUUGGCUACCUUGAAAACAUUACCACAGGCAGAUUUGUGCCACAGCGCUUCUCGCAGUCUGAGCUCAGCAGAAGGACAAUUGCUUAUAUCAUCAGUCCAGAUAGGGAGAUUCUCUCAGACAGCCUGGAGUUCAAGGUGUCUGAUCCUUUAGGUAACAUGGGGCCCUCUCACAUACUUCAAUUCCAGUGGAGCAGAGUGGAUUUUUCUCAGUCUGAGUCCUCCUCAUGUGAGGAGCAGGGAAAAAUUUCUCUGGACAUCAUUCGAAGUGGGAACCUAGUCGAGUCAUCUUACGUCACUGUCAAGGUGAUUGAGGGCACCGCAACUGCAGAAAAAGACUUCCGUACGAGCCUCUCUUCGCUGAUUCAGUUCGAUCCAGGAGUAACAAAGCGGACUUGGCAGACUGAUAUCGUUGAGGACCACAUUGAGGAGGCAGAUGAACAUUUCGAGGUGCUGCUUGUUUCUCCUGAAGCUACGGUCAUUGGUAGCAUCAGCAAGGCUAAACUUACAAUCAGAGACCCGGGAAAAGGAGAGUGCAGACCAAAGCAGGACCAACAAGCUCCUCUUCUGGGAGGAAAAGAGAUUCAACCCGACACGUAUCCCCAGCAUGGGUCCAUCCGUUUGGAGAAACUUCCCCUCAGUAAAGAAUCGGUUAUAUGGCCCAGAGGAGACAGCAUCUCUACCCAAGGAGAACAUCUCCAGAGGAAGAAACUCAGAGUUGUCAACAAUCCCAAAUCUAUUUCCCCUUCAACAGUGUUCCACAAUGGGACAGAUGUAGUUUACACAUAUCAUGGAAUCAUGCAAAUGCGAGUAGAGGAUGAUGCAUCAUCUAGGAUGAGCAGGAGGGCAAACAUCCGAGUGGUUAGCAGGGGUUCACAGCCACAGCGACCUGGACUUACUACUGACGCCGACUCUCCAAGAGAAGGAAGGAUUCAAGUUAAGAUGGGACAAGCUCGAGGAAAUGCAUCCACCAUCAUCUCUGUAGCCAAGGCAUGCGUGCCGGAGCUGAUGGGACUCCUGCAUUUCAACCAGUCCACCAAUCAACUUCUUCAUUGCAAUGGCGUCUCCUGGAAACCCUGGGCACCAACUGACCAGCUGGUUGGUGCCAGGAUGUGUCCUCAGGGAUGGACUUUUCAAGGAGGACGUUGUUUUAUUCUCAGCACUGAGCACAAGCUGACAUGGAGUGCAGCAAACAGGGCCUGCAGAGAAAGGUUUAAAGGAAAUCUUGCAAGCGUUUUGUCUAAAGCUGACAUGAACUGGUUGUGGGACUUCAGUGGAAGAAAGCCUUUCUGGAUAGGUCUGAGCAACGGAAAGGGUGGAGGACUGUGGGAGUGGGCGGGCGGCGAACCCGUCAGCUACACGAACUGGAAAAAGGCGCCUCCCCGCUCGAGAAUGAAAGGCAACCGGAAGUGUGUGCUGGUGUGGAGAAGAGCCAAGUGGCAAAUCAGAGAUUGCAAGAGCGGCAAAGGCCAUCGCUUUGUUUGCUCAGUGAAACUCUAAGAACGAGGUUUGGAGGCGUUGCAGGGAUGCAUGACGAAGGACGGAUGCUCAGGACAAGACUACUCGCUAAAAACCACUGGGAUAAAAAACAAAAAACUUUAUAUUUAAUUGUGAAAAUGCCACACAGAGCAACUUUAUUACACUUUAUUACACAGUGAAAGUAUUUUUUUAAAGUAUUUUUUACACGAAUGGCAGCCUAGUGGUUAGGGCAUAAAACUUGGAUUCCUGAGGUUUUGAUUCGAG